CUUCUUCCUCCCAGACUGGUUGAUCCAGUAAGCUUCUUCGAUGGCGGAUCAUGACGCAGAAAUCCUCCGAGAGCUCGAAACUCUGAACAGAUCGCUCUCCAAGACUCUCAGUUCCCGCCGCGCUGCCUCGCUCGUCCUGCCCCGCUCCUCCAACACAACAUCUGCCCGCGGGGUGUACGCAGGCGGACCUCAGAUCGUCGGAGAAGCCUCUCGGUACGACCUUGGAAGCUUCUCCUCCCGAAAAGAGUCUCCCUCUGCCUGGCUCGCACUCGGACGGAAAACCCCACACGGCGUGCCUGGGAAGGGUGAGGAACCGACCGAGUCCAGCGAGAGGCGGCGGGGGAUAUGGAACUGGAAGCCUGUGCGCGCUCUGGCUCACUUCUCCAUGCGCCGAGUAGUAUGCCUCUUCUCCGUCGAGGUCGUCGCGCUCCGGAGUCUGCCGGACUCAGCCGACGGGCUCCGCCUCUCUGUCUCCGUCCGGAAGAAGGAGACGAAAGACGGGUCCCUCCAGACGAUGCCCGCCCGGGCGGCGCAGGGCCGAGCCGAGUUCGAAGAGACUCUGUUCCUCCGGUGCCACCUCUACUACGCCGGGGGCGUCGGCACCGGGAAGCCUCUCCGGUUCGAGCCCCGCCUUUUCCUGAUCUCCGCUAUCGCCGUCGACGCGCCUCACCUAGACUUGGGGACCGCCGCCGUUGACUUGAGCUCCCUGGUCAAAGAGUCCAUCCAAAAGAACUUGGAGGGGCACCGCGUCCGGCAGUGGGACGUGGCCUUCCCACUCUCCGGGAAGGCUGCCGGCGGAGAGAUGGCACUCAAGCUGGCAUUUCAGAUCAUGGACGACGGAGGCAUCGGCAUCUACAAACAAACACAGUACUCGCCCAAAUCAAACACCGGCAUUGCGAGAGACCUCGAAGCAAGCAAAGGACCGAUCUUUGAUCAAAAAGAAGACCUCGACCUCCCCGAGUUUGAAGUCAUCGACAAGGGAGUGGAGAUAGCGGCGUCGGAGAAUGACAACGCAAGGACCUCUAGCGUCUCGAGCGAGGUCGUGAAAGAGGUGGUGCAUGACCGCGCUCAGAGAAGCAGAGCAAAGGAGCUUCAUUUGAUUGCAAAGGAGCUUCAAGAGCUCGAGAUGCUGAUAAUGGCGGACGCUACGGAGACAACAAAGCCGAUUAGAUUGGACACAGAGGAGGAAUUAGUCACGAGGGAGUUCCUCAAAUUGCUCGAGAUCGGAGAUCAUAAGGAGUCCCGGUAUGACAAGCACAACGACCUUGCUAAUCUCACUCCAAUUUACCUCGUUCCAGAUCUUGGAAAGAACUUGGGUUGCAUAGUUCAGACGAGCGAUGGAGGCUACUUGGCAUCGAUGAAUGCUUUGAAUACACCAGCGUCAAGAACAGAGACUCCGAAGCUUGCCAUGCAAAUUUCCAGAGAGUUGAUCGUCGAAGACGAGAAGUCGACGAGUGGGUUUGAAGUGUUCCGCAGGGUAGCAUCCGAAGAGAUCUGCUCCAAACUGCUCUCCUUGGCAGCCAUGGACGAUUUGGUGGGCAAGACGGCAGAGCAGGUGGCGUUCGAGGGCAUUGCAUCCGCCAUAAUAACCGGCAGGAACAAGGAAGGAGCAAGCUCCAGCGCGGCCAGGUCGAUCGCCAUGGCGAAGAAGAUGGCUACAGCGAUGAACAAGGGGAGAAAAGGAAGAACUAGUCUAAGUGAGGAAGCAGUGACCUUGGAUGAAGUCCUAUGCAUUGCCCUGCAGAAGAUAGAGGCCAUGGCAGUGGAAGCGCUGAAAGUCCAGGCGGAGAUAGCCGAUGAAGAAGCUCCAUUAGAAGCUCUGCCUCCCGCCGACACACUCAAUUUGACCGUUAAACCCCAUGAUUGGUGCACAAACUGCAACAGAGCUACAAUUCUAGUGGUGAUUCAGCUGAGAGAUUCAGUAAGGGGGUACGAAGCAGUAGGGGCUCCCUUCAUAGCCACGGCGCAAGCAGCCCCUCUAACGGACCAGGGCGAAGCACUAGAGGAGAGGAGGUUCAAGCUAGAGAGCGUUCAUGUGGGAGGUCUCAAGUUGGGGUCCGACAGCAAGAUCAGGAGUGCAUGGGACGGCGAGAAGCAGAGGUUGACGGCCAUGCAAUGGCUGAUGGAGAAUGGAGUGGGGAAGGCGGCUGGUGGAAGAAGAACAAGGAAGCAAGCGAAGAGGAGCCGAGAUUUUGUGUGGAGCUUUUCUUCAAGAUUCAUGGAUGGCAUGUGGUUAAAGCACGUAAGAAACCCAAAUUUAAUUACUUGUUCCUAAGAAGGAAAUUGUUGAUGUAAUGUGAGGAAACUGAUAUGUGUGUGCUAGUUAUCAGUACGUGGAAUUAGGGAAGACAUGAGCAAUUUGGAUUAUCUAAUACUAAAAUCUCUGGUACAAGAGCU